AUGGGCAACAGUUCAUUGGAUAAAUGGAUAAUCCAUGCACAUCCAGUUUUUACUCUCUCUUCGAAGCCAACGCGUAAUAUCAUAAUGGGUAUUGCUAAGGGCCUAUCUUAUCUCCAUGAGGGAUGUAAACAAAGGAUUGCUAACCUAGACAUCAAGCCACAGAACAUUCUUCUGGAUGACAGGUUUAAUGCGAAGGUCUCGGAUUUUGGAUUAUCGAAAUUGAUAAGUAGGGAUGAUAGCAAGAUCAUGACUCGGAUGCGAGGCACACGUGGAUAUCUUGCACCUGAGUGGCUAGGUUCGAAGAUCACCGAGAAGGUAGACAUCUACAGCUUUGGAAUUGUCAUAGUUGAAAUUAUAUGUGGCCGAAGGAACCUGGAUGAAUCACUGCCUGAAGAGCGAGUUCACCUAAUCAGUCUUCUGCAAGAAAAGGCUAGAUGUGGGAAGCUAUUCGAUUUGGUGGACACCAGCAGCAACAACAUGCAAUUUCACAUGGAGGAGGUUAGAGAAAUGAUGGAGCUCGCAAUGUGGUGCUUACAGGUUGAUAGCAGCAAGAGGCCUCUGAUGUCAACAGUUGCCAAGGUGUUGGAAGGUGCGAUGACUUUAGAGUCCAGACCUCACUAUGAUCUUGUUGCUAAUCAUGAACCAAAUCAGAGCGAUAUUAAGGUGCAAAUUUGUUCAUACCUGCCUUCGGCAACACAUCUGUCGGGGCCUAGGUGA